AUGAAAAAAGCACACAAAUACGAUUUGCGAAGGCGCGUACCAGAAAAGGCGCAUACCGGCAGCGAAGAAGAGUCAUCGGCUGAAAGUUCCAUGGACGAGUCAAGACAACUAGAGGGAGCAAGUGCAGAUAGCAUGAACGCCAUAAUUGCAACGUUAAACGCACUCAGGGCUUCAGUGGAGGAGUUAAGGAACAGCACAGUGGAAAGUCAGAGGGAUAUAAUUCGUUUACGGGAAGAAAUUCAACCUCAAAGCGUCGUGGAACAAGUGCAGCCAGCACAGAGUGAGCCAAGACAAGUCAUGUCACCACAGGAGGAGGCCAGCCAGGUCGUGCCAGCUACGGAUGUGAGAGUGAAGUUAUAUGACUUACCGACAUUUAAUGGCAAUGUGGAAGAGUGGCCACUGUUUCGUGCGAACUUCGACGAUACAACAGCGAUUUUUAAGUAUAGCAAUAGGCAGAAUUUGAUGCGCCUACAGAAGUGUCUCAUGGGUCCGGCAAAGGAGGCGGUAGCAUCAAUGCUAAUCUACCCGAAUGAUGUGCCAACCGUGUUAAGCGAACUCGAAUUUAGAUUUGGAAGGCCAGACAUGCUUGUAAAAUGUCAAAUUAGCAAAUUACAACAGUUUCCACUAAUCUCCGAGACCAAGCCCGACCAAAUUGUUUUAUUCUCCUCAAGAGUGCGUAAUGUGGUAGCAUUCUUGAAGUCGGCAAAGUGUCAGCAGCACUUAGCAAAUGUUACUUUAUUGGAGCAAAUGGUGGGUAAAUUACCUCAGGCGCGACAAUUUGAUUGGGCAAGGCAGGCGGCGACCAUACAGCCGUACCCGACGGUAGAAGAUUUUUCAAAGUGGCUUAGCGAGUUGGCUCGAAUAGCUUGCUUAAUGCCUACAGCAAGCACCUCGAGUACAAGGGUAAAUGCGCCGACAGCUAACCCUCGGCGGUUGAUGCACAUAGAACGUGCAAUAGAGUGCUAUAAUUGCAGCGGCAAUCAUUCAGUUUUCCAAUGCGAACAGUUCAAGAAGAUGGGUGUGCAAGACCGAUGGGAGCUGGUGAAAACGCUCCAACUUUGCUUCUCGUGCUUGCGAAAAGGACAUUGUACGUUAAAAUGUCGAUCUCGGAAAAGGUGCAAUGUAAAUGGGUGCCAACGGUACCACAAUCCGUUACUACAUGGUGAAGAAGCAAAAACUCAACCGGUACUUAAAGCUACACAAACAAAUGAGACAGCGCAGCCCAUAUUAAACUGUCGCCUAACACAAAGCACGUGCGGGCAACUGUUCAAGAUGUUACCGGUCAACAUUUAUGGCCCCAACGGAAAGCGAGAAGUGUUAGCGAUGUUUGAUGAAGGUUCAUCAAUAUCGAUAAUGGAAGAAAAGGUCGCCAAACAAAUCGGUGCCAAGGGUAAAGCACGUCCGCUAACGCUUCAGUGGUACGAUGACAAAGUAGUCACCGAACAAGCAUUGAAACUAAAUAUUGAAAUCGAAAAUCGCUUAGAUAUGACCAAAUUUUUAUUGAAAGAUGUGUUUACUGUGAAAGAACUGAAUUUGCCAGAGCAGUCUUUGCAGAAGGAGGACUUCGAGCACUUGAAACACUUGCCGCUCAUAAAUUACCACGCUGCGAAACCGGUUUUGUUGAUUGGACUGAAACACGCUUAUUUGGGUGCCACGUCUACAGCAGUGCAAGCUGGCAUCGAUAGUCCAAUGGCAAUUAAAACUCCAUUAGGGUGGGUCGCGUAUGGCCCUACUAAGUCGCCGUUGGCUGUAAGUCCUCGCGUCAUGCUCAUCAAAGGCUACCAACAGCUUCAAAACUUGGUCGAGGAGUAUUUCGCAACCGACAGCUUCGGUACCAAUCCGGUAUCCCUCAAACUGGAAUCAGAAGAAGACGAACGAGCGCGAUUAAUUCUGGAGCAGACCACCAGACGAGUCGGCGACCAGUUUGAAUGCGGUCUACUGUGGAAAGGGUAUCCAACAAAUCUACCUAGUAGCAGGGCGAUGGCGGAAAGGCGUCUGAUGUCUGUUGAGAGACAGAUGAAAUGCAACGUAGAGUUUGGUAAGCGAUAUAGGCACGAGAUGGCAAAAUACGUAGACAAGGGUUACGCCAGGAAGUUGGGUAGCGUCGAACUUGCCGCGACACAUCAACACGUUUGGUACUUGCCCCAUUUCGCGGUCCUUAACCCCCACAAGCCAGAUAAAGUGCGAAUCGUUUUUGAUGCCGCAGCCAUGGUAGACAACGUAUCGCUGAACUCAGCUCUUUUAAAGGGGCCAGAACAAGCGCAGCCGUUAAUACGGAUAUUAUUACAGUUUCGCCAGGGGCGAGUCGGAGUGUCAGCCGACAUACGCGAAAUGUUUUCGCAGAUCAGAAUACGUCCAUCUGAUCAACACGCUCAACGGUACCUAUGGCGAGAUGGAGAUGCAAGUCAACCGAUUGAGGAAUACGCGAUGACAUCGUUAAUAUUUGGUGCUGUGUGUUCACCAUGUAUAGCAGAGCACGUUAAAAAUAAAAACGCCGAAGAUUUCCGAGCUGAGCUUCCUGCCGCCGCCUCCGCAAUUAUCACUAAGCACUACGUCGACGACUUAGUGGCCAGUUUUGACACACCACAACAAGCCGUAAAGAUCAGCCGCGAGAUUGUCCAUAUUCAUAUGAAAGCGGGAUUCGAGUUGCGGAACUUCAUUUCCAAUUGCAUCGGGGUGGAAGAAAGCAUGAACCAAACAUCGCCAGCAGUUAGAGAAGCAGUCAGCAUGGAACGUGGUGAAACAACAGACAAGGUGCUCGGGCUAUUCUGGAACACCAACAAUGACACGUUCGAAUUUCACACGAAAUUUCAUCGCGUUCCAAAAGAGGUACUUGACGGAACACGCGCACCAACGAAGAGAGAGCUACUGCGAAUCGUAAUGGCAGUUUUUGACCCGUUCGGUAUGUUGGCGGACUAUUUACUUUUUACUAAAAUUUUAAUUCAGGAGACGUGGAAACACGGAAUCGCUUGGGAUGACGUUUUGCCGCAGGAACUAAGCAAGAAAUGGGUACGCUGGUGGCAAGAGUUCCAUAAUGUUCAGCAGUUCAAGAUGCAGCGCUGUUAUUCUCCGUACAUUUUCGAUGGUGGGCGAGUGGAAGUACACAUCUUCGUCGACGCAAGUCAAGUAGCGUUCGCAGCAGCUGGGUAUGUUCGCGUGGUUCACGGAAGCGAAAUCGACGUCAGCUUCAUAAUAGGGAAGACGCGCACUGCACCGGCGAAGCUACUAUCCGUCCCAAGGCUAGAACUACAGGCAGCGGUAUUGGGUGCACGACUAGCCAAAAUGAUACGCGACUGCCUUGAAUUUACAGCCGAGCGAGUAAUUUUUUGGAGCGACUCCCAAACGGUUUUGCAAUGGCUGAAUUCGUCAAAGCGGAAGUAUAGAGCAUUCGUUGCUCACCGAAUAGCAGAGAUCCUCAGCACGACAGCCCAGGAACAGUGGCGCUGGGUACCGACUUGUCACAAUCCAGCAGACGUAGCCACGCGUUCUUCAAAUACGCCGAAGUUUGACAACAAUAGCUGCUGGGUUAAAGGUCCGGCAUUUUUGAAGCUCGAUGAGGAGUAUUGGCCUACUACAACAGUAAACGCAGCAUCCGUUUUGCCAGAGGAAGUCAAGUCCGACAUCCUACUUCUCGUUCAGCCAAGCAACACCUUAAUUGACUUUUCGAAAUUUAAUUCAUUUUCAAAGCUAAAACGGACCAUAGCCUGGGUCAUAAGAGCAGCAACUCUAUUCCGUGCGAAACCACAUGCAAAGUCACAACCACCAUCAAUUCUCACUGCAGCAGAGUUACAAAAGGCCGAAUAUACCAUAAAUCGAACCGUACAGCGAGAAUGUUUCCCGAGCGAAAUAGCAGAUCUGACAGCGGCGCGGAA